AUAGUUUGUCUAUGGUAGAAGUUCGCGUUCUGUAGAAUGGAAAAACCGUUAUAUCUAGUUUUUGUGAAAUAUUCAAUUAUUGAAAUUCAAGAAUUUAAUAAUUAUACAUUAUUCAAUCGAAAUGGAAGAGGAUCGAGAGCAGCAGCAUCCAAAUAAUAUUUUUCUGUUUCAACUUGGAGUUUCAAAUAGUUUUAAAUGCAUUGCAGAAUCAGUGAGGUAAUUAACAUUAUUUCAAUACUUAAAUUAAAAAUAUCAUUCUUAUUGUCUUGUUGUACAAACAAAAAAAAUAUUUAUCAUAAUUAAAAUAAAAUAUAUUAUUUUUAUAUUAAAAUAUAUUAUUAAGAAAUAAUAUUUAGAGGUUAUGCAAGCUGUCAGCUUGGUAUUCCCGGUUCUUUUAGAUACAUGUAUAGGCGCAUGCGCAAUUAAUUAAUAUUUAAAUCCAAAUUAUGUUUUUAAUUAUAAAUUUUUUUUAAAAAAAAAUAGAAUUAUACAUAGAAUUUCUAAGAAUAUAUACAUUCGCAGUUGUUCAUGCGUAAGUAUACGAUUUUUAUUUAUUUUUUGUUGUAAUAUAACUGCAGCAAUAGUAGAUAUAUAACAGUGAAUUAAUAAAAAAUCUUAAACUAACUUUCUUAUGAAUUAUGAUGAAUUAAAAUGUCUUGAAUCCAAUAUCGAGCUUAAGCAUUGUUCGUAUUUUACAGAAUGCAAAAAUAAAAUAUAAAAUAAUUUUUGAACGAUCGAAAUUACAACGAUAAAUGCUAAAAAUGGUAUUCAUUAUAAUUUUAAUUGUUAUAAUUUCGAUUGUUCAAAAAAAUGAAUUUUAUAUUUUAUUUUUGCAUUUCGCAGAUCUAAAGAAUGUUCAAAUUCGGCGUUGGAUUUGAGAUAUUAAAUUCAUAAAAAAAUAGUUUUUUGACUUGUUAUACAUUUUGACAUUUUAAUGUCAUAUUUAUAAAAACAAUAAAUAAAUGGUUAUAUAUUUAUGUAUGUAUUUAUAUGUAUAAAAAAAAUUCCAUAAAAUAAUAACAAUCUCUUUUUUGCAAAUAUUUCAAAAAUUAAGACUAAUAAUAUAUAAAAAAAAAGUUAUUUAAUAUUUUAUAUUCUGCAAUAUUUUAUUCUAAAAAUUAUUUAUUGAGGAUCUUGUUAUUCCGAAUAAUUAUCAAUAUAUUUAUAGUAUUUUGCCAAUAUUAAUAUUGAAAUAUAAAUUGUAUUUUAAAAAAUAAAAUUAUAAUAUUAUAUAUUAUAAUAUAUAGUAAUCGAAAAUUUAAAAUAAAUGUAUGUGGAACAUAAAUGAUUUAUUGUACGAACAUCAAACUUGGUUAUAUUAUCGUUGAAUUUCAGGUUAUGUUUUCGCGUAUGUUUGCACGAUAACAGUACUAGCAAUGUAUAUAAGUAUGUCAAGUACGAGCCGCGGUUAAGAAUGUUGUUUUAAUUAAGAAAGCCAAAGAGAAUGCAUAAUCAAUGGGAACCAAUGAAGAUGCUUUUAUAAAGAUUCUUACAAUUUUAAAAUCAAAACGGAAUAUUGGUCAAAAAUUGUACAAGGCAAUGUGUAAAGAGCUUUUCGAUAAUAUGAACGACGAUUUAGAGGAUAUAUUGAAUGAAGGAAGUUUAAAGAAUGGAUUAGAAAGAAUUGCAAAGUUAUUGGAUGAAGAUGGUUCCAUGGUCGAGGAUGCUUGGAGACCACCUGGCAAUGUAUCUUUGCAUUUACGUUCAUUGGAUGCACAAAAGAUUAAAGAAGAAAGCGAGUUGUUGGAAAAGCGUGUAAAUGAGAUAGAAGAAGAAAAUAAAAUUUUAAUGGAAAAAAUUGCAGAAAAGAGAUCAAAUAUUGUGACUAUGAAUGAUACCAUAACAGAAUCUAUAAAUAAAAGUCAAAUUGCUAUAAAUUCAUUAGAAGAAAGAAUGGAAGUAUUACAAAAGUGUUUAAUAUUAUUAGAUAAUGAAUAAAUGAUAGAAUUGAAAAUAUUAAAUAGAUAAAGAAUAAUGUAAAAAUAGGUAAAUAUUGUUAAAACUGUAAAUAGAAGAAAUUUUAUUUUAUAAUUUUGUGAAUUAUACAAUAUUAAAUACAUAAAUAUAUAUAUUAAAUAAUUAAAUUAUAGUUUAUUAGUUUAUAUUUUAUAAUUAGAAUUUUUUAUAUUAAUAAAUCUGGAAUCCAUUAAAA